AUGGUCAAAGAAGAAUGGAGGAAUCUUGGUGAGCUACAGUUCACAGAUAAGCUGAAGGCUUUAAGGAUGCCUUUGGGAAGAUGGCACAAGGACAAUUUCGGUGACAUGGACAAGAAAAUACAGCGCUUUGAGGAGAAGAUAAGGAAGCUGGAUGAUUUGGUAGGAAACAAAGUUUAUGAUGAUACAGUGGAGGCUAGAAGGAAGGCCUUAGCAGGCUGUUGCAAGCAGUGGUAUGUCAGAAAAGAACUACACUGGAAGCAGAUGUCGCGCUCCAGGCAUGCGAAGGAUAUGGAUAUGAACACUAGGUACUUCCAUAACCUGGCGUCGGCAAGAAGGAGGAACAAUAGACUUGAUGCUUUGGUAAUUAACGGAAGGUUGGUAAGAAAUCAAGCUUGGAUCAAGAUUGCAAUCAGAGAUUUUUACAAAGAUUUGUACCACCAGGAGAGAUCACCGGUUGUGGGUUUCAGAGACGGUCUGGUAAAUCGAAUUGAUGUAGAACACUCAAUAGCUCUGGAGAGAUUACCGACAAUGGAAGAGAUAAAGGAAGCUGUUUGGGAUUGUGAAUCUUCCAAGGCUCGAGGGAGUGACGGAUAUAAUAUGAAUUUCAUCAAGAAAUGCUGGGACGAGAUUGGUGCAGAGUUCAUGACAGCUGUUUUGGAUUUCUUUUGA